AGCCAUUAUCAGCUGCAGCUGUGCCCUGGUGCUGAUUGUCCAAUGGUGAUCCAGGUACAGGAACCUAAGGCUCGGCGAGUACAGUGUAGCCGUUGUAAUGAAGUCUUCUGUUUCAAGUGUCGACAGAUGUACCACGCUCCUACUGACUGUACCACUAUUAAAAAAUGGCUCACCAAAUGUGCUGAUGACUCUGAGACGGCAAAUUACAUCAGUGCGCAUACGAAAGAUUGUCCGAAGUGCAAUAUUUGCAUUGAGAAAAAUGGAGGGUGCAAUCACAUGCAAUGCUCAAAAUGCAAGCACGAUUUUUGCUGGAUGUGCCUGGGAGAUUGGAAGACCCAUGGAAGCGAGUACUAUGAGUGCAGUCGGUACAAGGAGAAUCCUGACAUUGUGAACCAGAGCCAGCAGGCACAGGCCAGAGAAGCUUUGAAAAAGUACUUAUUCUACUUUGAAAGGUGGGAAAAUCACAAUAAAAGCCUGCAGCUAGAAGCACAGACGUACCAGAGGAUUCAAGAGAAAAUCCAAGAACGAGUUAUGAACAAUCUGGGGACUUGGAUCGAUUGGCAGUAUUUACAAAAUGCUGCCAAGCUCCUUGCCAAGUGUCGGUACACUUUACAGUAUACAUAUCCAUAUGCAUACUACAUGGAAUCUGGGCCUAGGAAGAAACUG